UACAAGUAAUAACAAAGCUUUUUUUUUUCAUUCAAGUAAUUUACGAUUCAGUAUAUUUAACUCAUCAUAAGUCGUGAUGAAUCGUGCAAAGAGAAGACGUAUUGAGAAAGAUCACCAAGUCUCUACAGAUUAUGUUGAGGAGAAAAUUGAUCUCAUCAAUUCUCUUGAUAAUGAUUCCUUAGCACAAAUAUUCAUGCUGCUGCCUAUAUCUGAGAGAAUAACUAUGGAUCAAGAUUUAAUAUUUUUUAUUCCAGUUUGUUCUAAAUGGAAAGAGGCCUGUCAACUAGCUUGGCAUGACAUUAAAAAAUACAAAUGUAGUGAUGCAAUUGUUCGUGGUUAUGAAAAAUGUAUUUUAACACAAUCAUACGUAGAAAAAGUAUUAUUUAAUUGUGGUAUUUAUUUGAAAAAAUUGAUUCUUUCAAAAGUUUGUGACUCAAGUAUCAUGCCAAUAAUUGCUGAAUACUGCAAAAAUCUAAGUACACUUGAAUUUGUAAUUGUCGUAAAUAAAGAUGAUAGUUACACUGAUCGCUUUGUUCAAGCAUUCACACAGUUGGAGCAAUUGAAAGUCGUUAAACUACAUAUAACUGGAAAAAGAUUUCAAUUUCAAAUGCUGAAUAGUCUUCCAAAAGAUAUAAAUGAAAUUCAUUUAUUUUUGAGAUAUGCUGAACCGCCACGGAUGAAGAUAUUUUAA